UAGACUUGCGACUGAAGUAAACACGAAAAUGCAGCAAGAAGAUGAUAAUUAUAGAUCUGAAUUCACAUCUUGCAAUAUAACUCCGGAAAAAUUGCAAGAAACGCCUCGAACUGGAUUUGGAAGAAGAGACAUAAUGUCGUCACAGGAAGUUAAACGUAGAAUUAAUUAUACUCCACAGAAAACCCCGAACAAGCAUCCGAAAACUCCUCAAGGUACCGAACCUCUUAAGAAAGAUGCGAAAUCGCAAUUAGAAGCUACCAAACGAAAAAGUCUAUCACCUUGUAAGGAAACUCCCGAGAAAAUUCAGAAAACUUGCUCGAGCGGAAAAUUCAUCAAUACUUUAAUAGCACAGUGGUCCAAGCACAUGGGUGUUCAAACACCAGUUCAAUCACCAGGAGUUCAAGAAAAUUCAAUCGCAGAAGAGAUGAAGCAAAUGUAUGCAAUCGAAGAGCGGAAGGUUCAAAAAUUGCAAAAGAAACUGCAAGUUGCUGAAGAAACUAUAUCUUUACUCUCUGCUUCUCACGAGGCCGAACUACGGACUAAGGAAGAAAUUUUACAACAAUUGAACAGCGAUUGGGAAUCGAUUACUAAAUAUUAUUAUGAAAUAUCAGAGAGUUUGAAGGGGUUUCAACAGCACAAAGAUAAUUUGUCAAAGUUAUAUAACGACGUCAUCCUUACACAACAAUCAACAGUGAAGAAAUUGCAGCAGGAAUUAAGCACUAUGAAAUUGAAAUAUGACGAACAAAGAAAUAUUGUUAGUACAAUAGAAAACAAAGUAAAGAAUCAAGAGAAAAGAAUACACGAAAUGAUGAUUGUAGAGACCGAAUUGAAAAAGCAAUUCCAAGAUAUGAAAAACAAGUCAGUUUUAGAAAAAAAUCACUUGCAUAAUGUUCAUGCAGAAGAAAAAUUAGAAUUAAUGAAGAAACAAGAAAAUCUCACGUCGAUGAAUCAAGAACUGCAACUACAAUUACAGAAGAUUACGGAAGAGAAACAAGACUUAACUACCGCAUUUACUGAGAAAGAUGACGAAAUUACAAAAUUGCAAGAGAAGAUCAUUACAUGCAAAAAUAAAAUCGAAGAUUUGUUGAGUCAGAACACCGAAUUAAGUUCAAAAUAUGAAAGAUUGAUCAUCAAGGAAGAAGAACUAUCAAAACAAUUACAAUCAAGAGAACAAAAAAUCGAGAAAUUACAAGAGAAUUUAAAUGCAAGACAACAAAUAGAAUCUAGUUUAGCUCAAGAUCUUAAUAUUAUUGAUAACAAAUAUAAAAAUAUACGAAGUGAUUUUACAAAAGUAGAAAAUAAAUUGAAGGAGGCACAAAUUCAAAAUUUAAAUCUUGAGCAAUCUUUACAAGUAAUGAAACACGACAACGAAUAUAAAAUAGUAGAAUUGAAUAAGAAAAUUGAAUUUUUAGAAAAAGAAAAAGAACGAGUAUGUUUAGAGAAACAUUCAAAAAUAUUGGAACUAGAACGUGCUUAUAAAUUAUUGGAAGAGAAACACAAAGCAUCCUUAAAACAAGAAUACGAUGUUAAACUAAGAUUAAAUGAGGCUUUAAAUAAGAUGAACGAAGAUAACCAAAAAAAACAAACAAAUUAUCUUGAUCAGCAUACAAAGGCCAGCCGUAACAAAAUACAGAACUUGCAAGAAAGAAUCCAACCACUAGUAGAAUCUAAUAUAACAGAAGCAGUUAAAGAAUUAGGAAAUGAAACACAAAAAAGUCAGGUUUGUGAAAUGAAAGAAGAACAAUUUCAAGAUCAAGAAAAUGUAGAUAGAUCAAAAAUUAUAUCCAAAGAUAAGAAUGAAAUAUCGGAUCUGGAACAAGAUGUGUAUAGUUUUACUAACAUCAAAUUUAACGAUGAAUUGUCAAAUGUUUCUGAUUCUACAGAAAAUCAUUCUUAUCUUUUUCGUGAUAAGAAUAUAACAUACUCGAAUACACAGAUAGAAAGAAAACAGAAGAAGGAAAAUAAGGAUAAUACGACCACGAGAAAAAGAAUAUUUAAAACUCGUGGCAUCGGAUUACGGCAAUACGUAACUCCAAAAAGCCUUCAAUACGGAACUCCUGGAAAAAUAUCAAAGAAAUAAAUUUUUAUAAGAUGUUAUUACUACGUAAGAUUAUUAAAAAAGAAAAUUACAAUUUCAAAUUUCAACAAUGUUUUUUGAAAUUGUUUAAUAUAUAUGUUCUAUGUUUUUUUGAAAGUAUUCAAUAUAUAAGCUAUUUAUGUUAUUUACUACUAAUGAUAAAAUUAUGUUACUAUAUAAAUUA